CUGGCUUUAACGUGAUAAACAAGAGCAAGAAAACAGUCUGACAAGAUGUGUGACAUUUGAGAAGUAUAACUACAGUUUUAAGACCAACACUAGCCGGUUUGUUCAGAAGGCUGUAUUCAAGACAGGCCAAGCACAUGGUGAAAGCUUUCCUAAUCAUCUGCGGAGAUCGCGAAUACAACGGGAACAUGUAACCCGAAGCGGGAUUUGGUUUCUAGCGACAACGAAUACAUAUCCAGAUCAUGUGCGACAUCUUUACACGGAACCGGAGGAUGAGAUUGGCGGCAGCUGUGCUGUUUCUGACAUGCCUGACUCACGUCAACAUGGAAGCAAACGAUUGUGGACGUCCUCCAGAAAAGCCCAACGCCAGUCAUAACGGCACAGCCGACACCUACCCACACCGCUCCCUGGUUCGUUACACUUGUGAGAGGGGUUUCUUUCAGAAAGGUUACCCUGGUGUCAUUUGUAACUUGGGAGCCUGGUAUGGACACCCAACGAUGCCCUUUUCAUGCACACUGGGAUCCUGUAAUUCCCCCGGUUUGAUCGACAAUGGCCAGAGAGACGGGUAUGUGUUUUCUGUUGGGGCCACAGUAAAGUACUUUUGUAACGAAGGAUACGAGAUGAAGGGCUCUGCCGUAAGAAUGUGCUUGGCAAGUACCUCGUGGUCCGGUAAAAAACCGUCGUGUGUCCCUAUUCGCUGUCCUCGCCUCACCGCGCCUAAAUAUGGUAAAGUCCAACCGGGCGGUCUUGAAUUUGGAGCUACAGCACGAGUCACGUGUGACGAGGGCUACCGUCUGAUUGGUCCAGAGACUAGAAGUUGCCAAGCUGACAAGACAUGGAGCGGAGAGAAUAACAGCUGUGAAGAAAUUACGUGCACGGUGCCGACGAUUGAAUCUGGCAGUGUGGACGUGGAGACACCCAUCAAGUAUGGUGAUAUUGCCAUAUUUAGGUGUGACGUCGGCAAGACUCUCUCCGGCAAGAAGAGUUCUUUCUGUGUGGGACAUAACGAAUGGUCUCAGACGUUUCCGAGAUGCAUUGAUACAUGUGAGGUACCCGAUGUGAUUAACGGCAAUGUGCGACAACUAGGCAAAGACUAUUACGGUUAUGUCGAAUAUACAGCUGUCUCCGAGGAUCGGGUCGAGAGUGGAGUGAGCCUUUAUGUCUCCUGUGAUUGGCCCCACAGCCUGAGUUGGAAAGCAAACACAAAUGACCGGAAAACGAAGAUUACUUGUGUUCAGGGCGUUUGGGACCGGAUACCAAAGUGCAAACCACAGUCGUGUCGACGGUUAAGUGCGUUGAGAAACGGAAAGAUGGAACAUGACGGUCUGGAACACGGGUCCCGAGUCCGAUAUUCCUGCGAUCUGGGUUACACUAUUUCCUCUUAUCGAAACAGAAUCUGUAAAUAUGGGAAAUGGACGGGACGUAAACCAUGGUGCAAGAAAAACUAUUGUCCCUAUCCAAAAGAUUUACCCCAAGGUAUGGAACUUAAGGAUUAUCCAACAGCUACAUGGUACGAGCACGACACUGUCCUGAGACUGGAGUGUAGUAAAGGAUAUAGAACUUCUCGUGACGAAGUCAACCUGGAUUUGACAUGUUACAACACUACGUGGACAAUCAGUGACGGCCUCCGAUGUGAAGAAGCGCCGUGUGUUUACGAAGUAGGCGAUACUGAGAAAAUUGUGUCUGGGGCGGCUAUGGCGGACGGUAGAUUUCAUCACAACUCCAAUAUAGAGAUACAAUGCAAGAAUGGCACAAAGUUUCAAUUGGAGAAUGGUGUCUCCAGAGCCACAUGUGAAUUCGGGGAAUGGAAGCCCAGAGUGCCCCUGUGUGAACCGGCUUCCUGUACACAAACACCCUCCCCGCUGAGACACGGAAUGACGCAACAUGACGGGCUGAAACACGGGUCCCGAAUCAAAUACUCCUGUGAUCUGGGCUACACUCUCUCCAAUCACCAACACAGAACCUGUGAAUUCGGAAAAUGGGGUGGACGGAAACCGAGGUGCACGAAAAAUUAUUGUCCCUAUCCAAAAGAUUUACCCCAAGGUAUGGAACUGAAGGAUUAUCCAACAGCUACAAGGUACGAGCACAACGAUGUCCUGACACUACAGUGUGGUAAAGGAUAUAGACCUGCUAUUGACGGAGUCAGCCUGGAAUUGACAUGUUACAACACUACGUGGACAAUCAGUGACGAUCUCCGAUGUGAAGAAGAAGUCGCAAAGGACCACCUCGUGGCCUAUGUACCAGUCCCACCUAAGGAUACCAUGGACGAGUUUUGCUUUUACAAUGCUAGCCAGUUCGAAGAGAUAGUUUCGGGAACGGACGCAGUGGACGGCAAAUUUCCUCACAACUCCAGUCUGGCGAUUGUAUGCAAACAUGCCGAAAGGUUUCAUUUAAAGGAUGGUGUGUCGAAAGCCACAUGUGAUCAGGGAGUGUGGCAGCCCAGACUUCCCAGAUGUGAACCGAACCUAUGCGAUUUACUAGAGAAUAUUUCCCACGGGAGAAUCAUCUAUCCUCAUAACGACACGGUCAGAAUUACAAAACGUGUCCCUCAUCGGGCGACGGCUGAACUCUUAUGUGACAUGGGUUACAGGGCAGCAGAAAACAACAGAACACACUGUGUCUACGGAACAUGGUCGCAGCGAAGUUCUCUUGCGUGUCACCCAGCACCAUGUUUUUACAAAGAGAGCAAGUUUGAAGAGAUGGUGUCUCAGACGGUGGCAGUUGAUGGAGAGUUUCAUCACAACUCCAGUGUACAGAUAAAAUGCACUCGUCCCACGUUUCAUUUAAAGGAUGAUGUGUCUGAAGCCACAUGCGAAUACGGAGUAUGGAAGCCCAGAGAGCCCGGAUGUAAAUCGGUUACCUCUGGCUGCAAGGAUCCCGGUGACAUCAGAAAUGCGAACAAGACUAGUGAGGGCAUAGCGGAGAACGGAUAUUACCCCAGUGAUGAAUUUCUGAUGUACCAGUGCUUUAAAGGAUUUCUCGCUGAUGGUAUUAGUAAGGUUCAGGAAAUCUUCUGUUUGGAGGAUGGGACGUGGAGUGACGUACUCGUCGAUUGCAUAGCUCUGACCUGCGAUCAGCCUGGCAGUAUGAAAGGUCGCUACUAUAACCCUAUGAAGAAGAGUUAUUCUUAUAUGGAAACUGUUACCUUUUCGUGUGAGGAUCCACAACAAAUUGUUGGCACAGCAAUACUAACUUGCAAGGAGGAUGGUCAGUGGGAUAACUGGGAGCCUGAAUGCAAAGUACCACAAUGUCCCGUUCUACCUUGGCCAGAGAGCGGGCGUCGCGUGGGGAACGGCCGACAAGUCGGAAACAAGGUCACCUUUGUAUGUAACGCCGGAUUUGCUUUGCAAGGUUCCAGAGAGCGAGUUUGCCAGGUAAACAAAGAGUGGGACGGAGAAACGACACGCUGCGUUUUAUCGCAAUGUUCCGAAGUGCCUACGCCUGAGAAUGGGCGUCGCAUCGGGUAUCGUAGGCAAGUCGGAGACACAGUCAGCUUUCAAUGCAACCAGGGCUACACCCUACAUGGCUCCAAAGAACGAGUCUGCCAGGCAAACCAAGAAUGGAACGGCGAAACCACAAGCUGUGUUAUAUCGCAAUGUUCCGAAGUGCCUACGCCUGAGAAUGGGCGUCGCAUCGUGUAUCGUAGGCAAGUCGGAGGCACAGUCAGCUUUCAAUGCAACCAGGGCUACACCCUACAUGGCUCCAAAGAACGAGUCUGCCAGGCAAACCAAGAAUGGAGCGGUGAAACCACAAGCUGUGUUUUAUUUCAAUGUCCCGAACUGCCUCAUCCAGAGAACGGAUAUCGCUCGGGGAAUAGUCGGCAGAUCGGGGACAGGGUGUUCUUUUAUUGUAAUGAGAAUUACUCUAUAAAAGGAUCCUACGAACGAAUCUGCCGGACAAAUCAACAGUGGGACGGAGAAACGACAUUUUGUGUUGGAGAAUGCCCGUAUCUAAACUACCCUAAGAACGGGCGUCGCGUGGGGUUUGGUCGUCAGGUCGGAGAUAAGGUCUCUUUUAAAUGUUACGCGGGCUACACUUUACUCGGCUCCACCGAGAGAACCUGUCAGAUGAACCAAGAGUGGGACGGGGAAACGACACGUUGUGUUGCUGAAAGCGAGCCGUGCAACGUCACUGACCAGAAUGCAUUCGUUAUCUCUGUGUAUCGCGAUGUCAACGGCAAACGUUUAUCACGAAAAUCAGGAGACACUGUGAAGGGAGGAUUUCGAAUGCUCUCCAGGUGUGAGACCUUUGAGGAUAGAUACUUCACGGGGGACUCCAAGCGCGUGUGUGAAAACGGGCAAUGGACGGGAGAGGAGCCCAAGUGCUCGUAUAUAAGACUUGAAGAAGGUAAAUUUUCCAGGCGGAACUACGCUGAAUGGUCAUACCCUCGUGGUGGAAUCACAAUUUCAGAUGAAGGUCACUUAAAGGUCAAGAAAGGUUCUACAAUCGUUCUUUACUGUUAUUUCGUCGGAAGUGAACAGCAGUGGUCAUCUACUAGACAAUUGCAUUUAUCGGACAUGGUCCUGAAAGCUGAUCAAGCAACAUGGAAUGGAAAAAUGUUAUAUACAAGCAAGUUAAAAAUUACAGACGCAGAUGUGCAUCACUCGGACACUUAUUUUUGUUCAAGGGUAGGCACGUCCAUUCCGACCGGAACAUUUACGAUAAAAGUGAUUUAAAUCCAUGCAUUUUUAUUAAUGUUUCCUGUCCCAUUUGUAAAUUUGUGUCCCCAACGACUUACAAAGUAAAAGUCGUCGUGAUAUGACACGGAGGAGUAUGGCUAUUACAUGUAAAUCUACAGGCAAACUCAGAUUCGAGGUUACUUGUUGACAAACCACUGCAACGUCCGUGUUAAACAAUUCCCUUCGUCGCCUCAUCCUGACGUUUACAUCUAAACCAGGAUUUACCUUGAUAACUUCCCAUGUUGACUAAAAAUGCAGCACUUUCGUUUUCAUAUACAGCAAAGCAGUCCCAUCCUUUCUGUCUCAGAUUUGUUUUGUUUUGAAUAAUAUAUACAGUGCAACAAAAGUAAGUUCCCCCAGUUAUUUGAUAUCUCCCAUUGUAUGUACCAGAUCGCAAUGAAAUUCUGCACACACUAUCCCAGUAAUCGGGCGGACGUGGUAUAUCAAGGAUUAACGUGCAUGUCGCCUGUGCGCUAAUGGGCAUGCGCAAACUGGAAAUCGGUCGAUUUUGAAAAUUUCAUAAAAGGAGUCAACCAGAUUUUUCAACGCUAACCCUUUAUUUUAUUCACAGAAUUCGAUGACCAGUAAUUAUCAAUAUCGUCUGUAGACGCCACGAGAUUGUAUCACAUUUUGACAAAGCGCUCGCAUUGUGUUGAUGAGGCGUGCGAUCUGACGCUGUGGGAUGGCUAACCACUCUCCCUGAAGGUGGCGUCUCAGGCCUGAUGCAGAUCAUGUUUAACCCCAUGAAUUUCUUAUCGUGUGUGUCAUGUCUUUAAUGCCCACCCGCACGAAUAUUUCAGGACUGGUAACACCAAUUCUCUGAUCAAAUCAAAAUUUGGCGGUGAAAAAUCUGGUUAACUCCUUUUGUGAAAUUUUCCAAAUCGACCGAUUUUCAGUUUGCGCAUGCCCAUUAGCGCACAACUGCACCUGCACGUUAAUCCUUUAAAUACCACGUCCGCCGGAUUACUGGGAUAGUGUGUGCAAAAUUUCAUUGCGAUCUGGUACAUAUCAAGGGAGAUAUCAAACAACGUUUUGGGGGGAACUUAAUUUUGUUGCACUGUUUGUAAAGGACAGGGCGACCACAACUGAGGAACUGUUUGAGCGAUUGCGCACCUUUCCCUCUCGUUUUAUUGCAGUUUGACUGAAUAAAACCUAUAAUCGUUCCCUUUCUGUUGUCAAACUCUGUCAAGGGAUUCUCUUGGAUGUGUUUCAAAAAUAUCCAUCGUACGUAAUUAGUGCAAAUAAAAUGUUGAA